CGGAUUUUCUACUGCAAUCCAAGGCACAAUUCGAAAUCAACCCCAUAAGACACCGCAUCAUGCUGAGUUCCAACGACCUCCAUGACCCGAACACCUGCCCUGCAUGCGGGGAUUGGCUGAAGAGCCACAAGGACGUGUCCGCGGACCAAAUGGACCCCGCUGCCGUCCACGCCGAGCUCGAAAAGCUUCGCUCGAUCAACCACCAAGUCGAGGCGCACGACAAAUCCGCCAAGCAAAAGAGCGCUUCCGGCGUCGCCAACACAAUCGCGUGGCUGCAGCAGCAUCAGGAAGAAAAGAAGAAGUCGAGUGGGUUCAUCCAUUCGUUGCUCCAUUGGUUUCGUCACGACGACGACGACGACAAGUCGACAUCACACACCCCGCUCCUUCCAUUGGAAUGGGCGCAAAGCCGUAUUGACGUAGACUGGACCGAGCGAAGCUACGCCGUCUUGAACGCCCCGUUCUAUGCGGACAUGAGUAAUGCUCGACGCAUCCUCCUCGAAGGAAAGCUGCGAACGACCGCGACGGACGCGGUGACGGCCGAAUUCAAGACGUGGGUCGCCGAGUUCAUGGGUCAAUUAGGGCAAUGCCGACACCUGAAGGACGAGCUACUGGAGGAGAAGGCGCACGUGGCGAACAACGUCAUUCGCGUGCGAACGAUAUACGACCAAGUGCAGAGUUUGUACGAAGAGACGCUGCUGUUGGACGCCAAGUCCCCCGAAUAUGAAGCCGCGCUGGUGGCGCUGUUCGACGAAGUGGAUGCGACGCUAGCAGACGAGGCCGCGGCGGUGAGCGAGGCAAAUCCGCUAGUGAUGACCCCCGACUCGGAGAACGAAGCGUUCAGCAACCUCUUUGCGAAUGUAGAGGCGUCCGACGACAAGAACGGUAUGGUCGUGGCCAAGUUGGUGGCGUGGAUGAAGAACAACCUCCCGCGCACCGACUUCGACGCGUUCAUGGCGCUCUUUGACAACCAGGUCAAGCACCAGCUAGGUGGGCAGUGGAUGCAGACCUAUGCCGAACACCUGCAACGGUUGGAACCGUUUGCCAUCGAGUUUCACAGCGCGUUUGUGUACUCCCGCAGUCGCGUCGACGUCGUCGCGCCCGUGCAUGACCCAACCCAACCCUAAAAUCAAUUCUGGGCUUACUAGUAGUAGUACUAUGUAAUAAUAUAUUCUGUGUUCACUUCGAAA